UUUAAAAACCGAACCGGCAUUGACCCGAGUAAAUCCGCCCCUGAAGCGACCCGUUUCUAACCGAUCUGAUUAUGACCCGAACUGUUUAUAAACCGAACCGUUUAUGACCCGAACCGAAUUUAAAUCGUACAAAAAUAAACCGAAAUCGAACCGACCUGUGACUAAUCAAAACCGAACUGAACCGACUCGCCGUCUAAAUGAAACCGUUUAAACCCGAACCGUUUAAAACCGAAACCGUUUCAAACUGAAACCAUUUCAAACUGAGGUCAAACCGAACUGCCAGACCGAAGUCCCACCCCUAGCUAUAUGCUAUCACAAUAGGGCGAAUUUCAGGCUACAACUACUUGUACAAUUUUCAAUUACACUUGACUUGGACGGGUGCUACAAACUUGUUUAAUUAAACUUACAAAUUGAGGAGAGAGAAAGAGAAGGAGAUUAUAUAAAUGCUAGAAUUGCUUUGAAACAAACAAUUUUCUCUUCAUAAUUUUGACCAUUCCUCUUCUUCUCCUUUCCUCUAUCUUCACCCUUUUUAUAUUUUCCUUAAAAAUGGUUUCUUCUUCUUCUCUAUUAUUAACCCUUAAGUUUUCUUCAUUUCAUGCAUGAAACUAAGCUAGUUUAAAUCUAUCUAUCUAAUCCCUUUUUCAAACACUCUCUUAACAAAGAAAUUAAACUAACCCUACCUUAUAUUAUCAAGUUUAUUUUCUUUUGUUGUCUAAAAUAUAUAUAGUUAGAUAAUCUAUAAAAAUGGCUUCAAUGAAUUGGUUAGGUUUUUCUUUAUCUCCUCAAGAAAUUCCUUCUCAAACUCCUAAUCAAGAUCAUCAUAAUCCCUUCACAAGCACCACCGGAGAGUGUUUUGAUCUCGCUACCGACUCACCGCCCGGUCAUCCUUCUCUUAAUCAUCUUCCUCCUCCCUUUGGCAUCCUUGAGGCCUUCCAUAGAUCAACAAAUAAUCAAUCACAAGAUUGGAAUAUGAAGGGAAACUCAGAGAUAAGUAUGUUAAUGGGAAACCAAGAAGUUGAAGAAGAGCCAAAACUAGAGAACUUUCUAGGAAGCAGCCAUUCUUUUAGAGAAAAUAAUCAUCAACAACAACAAAGUAAUGGAGAUCACUACAUGUUUAACACAACAACUACCCCACAAGAAAAUAAUAAUAUGGCAAACCCUAAAGACACUACUAGUAACAACAAUAACAAUGGACUCAAUGUUUCCAUGAUCAAGACAUGGUUGAGAUCAAACCACCCUUCUCAAUCAAAUCUAGUCGACGGAAGUGGUGGCGGUGGUGGUGGUGGUGGGGCCGGGUUAACGAAUGCGCAAACAUUGUCCCUUUCGAUGGGCACCGGUGGGUCACACUCCGCCUUGCCACUACUAGCGACAGGCGGAGGUGGUGGUAGUGGUGGUGAAAUAAUGGAAAGUAAAUUGUCCGAUAAUAGUAGUUGUAAACAACAACAACAAAGUGAUGCUACGACGGGUGUAUGCAAUAAUACGACUAGUAGUACUACUACUACUAAUGUCGAGGUUCAAAGUGGUGCACUUGUUGAAUCUGUUCCUAGGAAAUCUAUUGAUACUUUUGGACAACGUACGUCUAUUUACCGUGGUGUAACAAGACAUAGAUGGACAGGAAGAUAUGAAGCUCAUCUUUGGGAUAAUAGUUGUAGAAGAGAAGGGCAAACUCGUAAAGGAAGGCAAGUUUAUUUGGGGGGUUAUGACAAAGAAGAAAAAGCGGCUAGAGCUUAUGAUUUGGCUGCAUUAAAAUACUGGGGUACCACUACCACCACCAACUUUCCUAUUACUGAUUAUGAGAAGGAAAUUGAGGAUAUGAAGCAUAUGACGCGCCAAGAAUAUGUUGCAUCCCUACGAAGGAAAAGCAGUGGAUUCUCUCGUGGUGCAUCAAUUUAUCGAGGAGUAACAAGGCAUCAUCAGCAUGGUCGUUGGCAGGCUAGGAUAGGCAGGGUUGCUGGUAACAAAGACCUCUACCUGGGCACUUUCAGCACACAGGAGGAAGCAGCAGAAGCAUAUGACAUAGCAGCAAUAAAAUUCAGGGGACUAAAUGCAGUAACAAACUUUGAGAUAAACAGAUAUGAUGUGAAAGCCAUACUAGACAGCACCACACUUCCCAUUGGAGGAGCUGCAAAGAGGCUAAAAGAUGUUGAGGAAUUAACAGCUGCACCAGAUAAACAGAUCAUUAGAGCAAUUGCUGCUGUUGAUGAUCAUGAAACUUCUCAGCUCACUAAUGCUGCUUAUGGUAAUGGGACUCCUAACUUCCAUUCGUGGCCCGGGAUCGCGUUCCCCACAGCUCAAGCUCAACCAUUGGCAAUGCACUACCCUUAUGCUGCAUCCCAGCAGCAGCAGCAGCAGAGGCUGUGGUGUAAGCAAGAAGUACAGGACACUACUCAUGACUACCAAGAUCAUCUUAAUCAGCAGCUUCAGUUGAAUAAUGGGACUCAUAAUUUCUUCCAGAUGCAUAAUUUGAUGGGGUUGGAGAAUCCUUCCUCUACUUUAGAGCAUACCUCAGCAGGGUCGAAUCCCGGUGUUUACGGGAAUGGGAGUGGGAAUGAAAGUGUUGGUGGUGGUGGCUAUGGAUUGCCAUUUGGGAUGUCUACAGUUAUAGCUCAUGAAGGAAAUGAGAAUGGAAAUGAGAAAAGUGGGUAUGAGAAUUACUACUAUUACUCACACCAAGGAAAUAAUGCUAGCAAUGCUACUGGUGUAAGAGGAGCUGUUGGGACUUAUGAUCAAGGGACAUCUUGUAACAACUGGGUCCCAACCGCGAUUCCAGCACUCGUUCCGAGGCCUAAUAACAUGGCUGCUGUUGGUGGUCAUGGUGGAGGUGCAAUCCCUACAUUCACUGUGUGGAAUGACACAUAAAAUCAAAAGGAAAGAAAGGGUGAGGAGUAAUAAUAAGAUGGAAGGGAAGAUUUAAGAAGGUUUGGGGUGUACACAACUCAUUUCCUAGGUUUGAAUAUUUUUACUAGUAUUUAUUUCUCAUUCCUCCCAUUUUGUUAUAGCUACUCCAUUUAACAGAAUUAACUAAUUAGGAGGAUCAAGUUAGAUUUUUUUUUUUCUUUAUUUCAGAUUUAUAUUAUAAGGAAAUUGCACAGGGAUCUAGCCUGGAGUUCAGUAAUAGCAAAGGUUUUGAGUUGUUAGCUCACUUUUGCUAUGAUUUUGGGAACUUUGGGUGAAUUAGAUCCUCGGAAAGGUUUUUUUUUUUUUUUUUUUUCUCACUCCUUUGACUACACCAUGCUUUGUAAUUUUGAAAUAACUAACAUUAUGAUACAAAGAAUGGGGCUCUCAUUUCUGUAUACUUUCUGUUUUCAGCAAUGUUUUAAAUCCAGUCAAUAGCAACAUUUUAACUUUUCAUUGUGUACGAAUAAAA